GUCUGUGGACCAUCAUGGGUGCAUCAUCGUUCGAGCUUCAAGAGCUCGAGACCGUGCAAGGUGCGGACCGUCCGGAGGAGGGGAUGGAGGGGAAGAAAGAUAAUGACCGUGUGAACUUCGGCUGGUGCACUGGUUAGGGGGGCGUGUUGACGUCGAUGCCCCACUCUCUCGAGCGCCUCAAUGUACUCCAGUCCUUGGUCUCUCCAACACCCCACGGGCGCCGCAUAUCUCUCAUCAUAAGCCAUGAAGAAGGUCUCCGAGUUCCUGGACAAAGUACACCAUGUCAAAGAUACGCUAACCUCACGCAGCACGGGCCCAGAACUACCCCAGGUUGGGGUCGUGCAGGAUCCCAGGCUCGAGUUUUACCGUUCGCGAAAACAACGUGGGGUCAAUCUUGGCUCAUGGUUCGUCUUGGAACGGUGGAUCUCAGACUCCCCCUUCGCAUCUGCCGCUCCUCCUGGACAGAGUGAUUUGGACGUGGCGAGAGGAAGCAACGCAAAGGCUAUUCUCGAACGUCAUUGGGACACAUGGAUUACAGAAAGCGACUUUGAAUGGCUCGCUCAACGAGGAGUGAAUACAGUUCGGUUACCGAUAGGGUAUUAUCACCUCUGUGGUGCAGACCCAUCCGUAUUUCCUGGAACCGAUUUUCAGUCGUACCAAACCACGUUCGAGGGAGCAUGGCCCAGGAUUGUCACAGCCUUGACGACUGCGCAGAAGCAUGGCGUAGGCGUCCUGAUCGAUCUGCACGCCGCCCCCGGAAAGCAGAACCGUGAUUCGCACUCGGGGACCUCCCUCGAUCCUGCGUUUUUCUCGAAUGCUCGGCAUAGGGCACGUACUGUCCACGUCCUGCGAAUCCUUGUCUCAAAACUCGUCGAGCUCAGACAGAGCAACACUCCUCCCAUCUUCAAUGUCGUCGGUCUAGAACUUCUCAACGAGCCACAGCCCAACUCGCACGAUGAUUUACAAAAGUGGUACACCCAGGUCGUCCACACCCUCGCCCCCAUCGACCCGGGCAUGCCGAUCUACAUAUCCGACUGCUGGCAAACGGACCAGUACGCCGCAUACAUCCAGGCCCUCAAUGCGCCUCCAUCCACCAUCGUCGGUCUGGACCACCACCUCUAUCGCUGCUUCACAUCCGAGGACAUCAGCACCUCCGCCGAUCAGCAUGCGGGUGCGCUCUGGGACCCGAACGCGUGGGCGCCGAAGAUGUUCGCCGCUACCGCAGAGAAGCUCGCGAGCGCCGGUGCCGGCCUCGUUGUCGGCGAGUGGUCCGGGGCGCUCAACCCCGGCUCGUUGCAGAACGGCAGGAGCCACGAUGAACAGAGGAAGAACUACGUCGCGGCGCAGCUGGCUCUGUUCGAGCGGUGCUGCGCGGGCUGGUUCUUCUGGACGUACAAGAAGGAGAGCCCGGGCGAUACGGGCUGGUCUUAUCGAGACGCGGUUCAGAGUGGCGUGUUCCCGGACCACGUGGGCGUCAGACGGCGUCCUGGGCUGCGCUUGGACAGAGAGGCUGCAGAUCAGCGACGAGAGGCGGUUUUACGCGAUUCGCUAGGCCAACACUCGUCCUACUGGGAUCAGUAUCCCGGACAUUACGAGCACUGGCGGUUUGAGCACGGGUUUCGUCAAGGCUGGGACGACGCCUACCCUUUCUUCUCUUUUGACGAUGAGAGUUUGACCUCGGUCUCCGAGAUGGGAUUCCGAGGCCACUGGCUAACACGGAGGGUCAGCGAUCAUGUCCACGCGUCGGGAAAGUCGAAGAGCAUUUGGGAGUUUGAGCAUGGCUACAAUCAGGGGGUGGAUGCUGCAAGAAAGGACUUUGAAACGCUGUGCGAGUGAAACCAAUGCUCGCGGGAAUAUUCCUUCGGUCCCGGUCCGCCAUACUCAAGUUCGGACUUCUACGUAUCAGUGCUUGCGGAGAAGCACGCAUGUAUCUGUAGGUUGGAUAUCCUUGCUCUCUGUGUCGUAUCAGAAUCUUCUUUGCGAACUGCUGCGGCCUCUUAAUUCAAAACGCACAUCCCGCGAGGACUAUUCAAAUGCCGAGGGUUCUU